UCUGAACCGGAAGUGUUUCAUGUGAAAGGUCGCUAUAUCUGCUCCUCUACUCGGUUGUUCCGUGUUCGAGGUCAUAGAAAGCCAUGGGCGGGGAUCACGGCCAUGGCAAGCUGUCCAUGCCGGACUAUAAGACGUGGAAAUGGGAGGGAACGCCUUUGGAGUUUACCCAACAGCGGCUGGCUCGACGAGGUCUGAAGGACCCUUGGGCAAGAAACGAAGCAUGGAGGUACUCCUUCGGCUCCCCGGUCACCUUCCGCGAAGUCUUCUUGCGUGGAUUUAAAACAGGAUUCAUCGCAUUCGCAGUGGCCCUGGCUGUCGAGUACACCUUCUUCCCUCCGAAGAAGUCUGAGCAUUAAGCACAGAGCACCGACUCACCUGCAUGAGACACCUGAAACCCAGAAGAGACACUUAAUCAUCAGACUCUUAUUUAACCCUUACACUGCAGGUUAAUAAACCUCCUGUAGUAUUCCUCUGUGUUUGUGCAUGGUCGUUCGAUCUGACCUGCUGUAGUGAUGUUUUUUCCGCUGAAUUAGAAAUAAAACAUGAAGUUGUUCCAA